AUGUCUAAAGGACUCCAUAUCGUUCCUUUGGAGUGUAUUUUGCCUCUAUUGGAAGGAGAUCAAAUCUUUGGGGCCGAUUUUGCAGUCAUCCUUCAAUCCCUCGCCAAGCCUUCAACUAUAGAUGGGGCCUCAAAAACAGACAUUAAUCAUUUAUGCUCGAGAGUCAACAACUAUCUUUUAUCGAAGAAGACUUCUUAUAGAUGGAUAGGUUGUAAACUUUUUGUUGUGAUUAACCUUCAUCUUAAAGUAAUGAUGUCCAAUCAAACUGUGAAUCUAGUUGGAUCUUUAGUGAAAAUCCUUGAGAGUCAUUGUUAUAUAGAUGAUUUUACGUGUUCUUCGCAACAACAGUUGCUUACUUUAAACAGUUGCUGUGAAGCGUUGGACUUUAUUAUUGAUCGUAUUCAAUCCAAACCGGCUCUUACACGGGAAAUAUUGACUCCUAAGCUGCCGUCCAUCAUUAACGGAUUAAUCAGCAACAUUACAUUGAUUCCACAAAGUGCUUUACUAGUUUUAAGGAAGCUUCUGACAAAGAAAUCAACCACUUUCAGACCAUUUGGAAUGAAAUUUGAGUCCGCUUUGAAGACACUUCUCAAUAAUGGUGACAAUUUGAACAAAAUGAGCACUCCUUUAAUCACUUUAGCGUUACACUGUUUGGCCACGAUAUCAUUUACUUUAUCUAGGGAAGAUCAGGGCAGCCUUUGGAGAAGUCGUAUAGACGAUCUUCUAAUUGAAACGAAGUCAGUUUUGUCUAUUUACGAGGAGAUUUUGGAUACUUCUGAAGAUGAGGAUUUUGAAUCUAGAUACAAAUCUCUUCCUAGACUUCCGGAGGAUAUUUCUCAACUAAAUCUUGUCUUUGAGCCUCUUUCCAUCGAUAUCUCUGAAAGUUCCUUGGAGGUAUCUAAGAUUUCUAAGAGAAUUGAGCUACUAACUCGAUAUAUCACAGCUUAUCUUGACGUUACUACAUCUUCUGCUGUUAGAAUUCCGCUUGGACAAUUUAUAUGCUUGGCAGAGUUACUUGCAGGAAUGAAUUUGAGGUUCUCAUCUAUUAAAAGAGAUAUUAGGGACAAUUCCACCAGAAGCAUGAUCCGUUUAUCUUUGAAAGAUCUAAAUCAAAUCGGUAUUGCAUUUCUUUGCACUCUUCAGAAGCGUUUUUUGUUUGAUUUGAUUCCUCAUUACUACACGAUCUUUUCUACUUUGGACUCAUGCAUACCUGUUAAGACUCACAAGGGUAAGGCAAUCCUUGACGUUGAAGAGGUUGUGGAAAAUAGUGAAUUGGAGGUUAGUGUUCUCACUGCCGCUACAGUACUGUUAUCCAUGAUGCAUACAUUCAGUGAUUCAAGUCUUCUUACUCGUAUGAUCGACUCUGCGUUACUUAUCGUGGAACCGCAAGUUCCAAAUAUUGAUGAAGUCACUAAAUCAACCCCUAGUAACGGAAAGAACGGCAAAGGAAAGAAGAAAUCCGGUAAUAUGGCAUCCUUUUCGGAUCUCAUUGCACAUCAGGAUUUAUUUACUAUUAAUGCUAGCCGGAAUACUCUCGUCAAGGUGAGAAAGUUCUUCACUGCUGCAUUGAGCAGGUGUGAACUUCCAUCAUCCAGUACGCUUAAAAUUCUUAGAUUUAGUGUACUAGAUGCUGUUACACACGUGAAAUCGUUACAUCAUGGAAAAAGAACACCAUUAAACAAGUCAAUAAUAAAGCUCCUAGAGGCAGAUGUGCUAUAUCCAGCACAUCAGGGUGUUGGAAUUUCUAUCCUACCCAUAAUUAGCAGUUUACUUGGUGGGGAGAAUACCAUAAUGAGUUUAUUGAACAAUCCAAGAUUGCCAGUAGUUUCAACAGUGCUGGAUAUGAAACAGAAACUAAAGGAAGAAAGCGAAGAAGAAAGUGACGAGAGUGAAGAAGAAGAAGAAGAAAAAGAAGAAAAAGUAAAGGUAGAUGCGAUGGAUAUAUCUGGAGACACAGCAAACAAGAGAAAGCUAAACUCGGAUGAACCCUCAAAUGUCGAGAAGGCUGUCAAAAGAAUUCGAACGGAGAAGUUUAGGAGAGUUCAAGAAGAAGCCGACAAGGCUAAAGAAGUUCCAAUGGCUUUACCUGAAGGUGUCCACCAAGUUGAGGAAACUUACGUUGAAACUUCCGUCACAAUUACCAAGUUUACCGAACCCGCUGAAGCAGAUUCAAAGUUAGACAACGACGAUGAAGACAAUUCAGAUUUUGAGCUGCCACCUAUCAUUGCUGGAGAUGAUGAUGAUGAUGAUGAUGAUGACAAUGAAUGA